GGUUAAUUCGACGGUUAACCCUUCCGCGAGCGCGCGCCUCUCCGCCCACGUUCGCGGCCAAGGACCGAGUUCCCUCCUUUUCCGCCCUUCGGGCCCGUCGAGUAAACACGUACGGGGCCGUACUCGCCGUAAUUAAGACAAAGUGGAUAAUGGGUCACGUCGCGAUUACGAGGACGAGCCCGUUCUUCCCCUUUCCCGAUCUCUCGUUGCGAGCGAGGCAUUCUCUCGAAGGAGUUCCAGCGAUCCCCGACGCGGGAGCACUCCUCCGAGAUUUCCCGUUCGGUCGUCGUUCCCGCGGAAUCCAGAGAGACGAGGGACUCGACGGUGACAUAACCGGUUGGCCGUCUGACUCACCAAUUGGGAUCAAUUACUCCGCAGUCUCUGGUUACUCGCCCCUUCUGACCUUUAUUUUCCAGAAUCAAUUCGUCCCCGGAACACCGUCAACGGCAAAGGACUCGCCGGCGAAGGUAUCGGGAGGGGAAAGGGAAAGAUCGAACUCGAAUGGAAUCGAAUCGAAUCGACUUGGCUUCGAUAAGGUCGCGGAAGGUGCUCCCGACGAGGGACGAGGCGCCAUCUCCCCCUCGGAGCGAGUACUCGGGCCCGCGUCUUCGAAUCGUACCGACGAGCGAUAAGGUUAACCUAAAAGGGACGGACCCGAACGAGGUUACCGACCGCGCCAUCCCCGGCAGGGCGCCGGCGCCGCUCCAUAAAUAGAGGGCAACGCUCGGGUUACGACGAAGAGUCGGUAGUACGCCGUGAGCGCCUCCAUCGCGGGCCGCGGAAGGACGGAGACGGACGGAGACGGACGGAGAUGAGGCGCAAGGACCCGGGGACUCCGGGGAACUCGAGACCCUCGGGACGCCAAGGGGAAGGGCGAAAUAGCGUCGCGGCCGAGAUGUAAACCCAGCGGGGCGGUUCCAGGGGAAAGGGCGCCGACGUGUCCUCGCUCGCGCAAUGGCUCUGGUCAUGCUGCCCUGCGACCUGCCAUGGUGGCCGGCCGUUGUCAAACGCAUGGAGAGAGCCGCUGCCGCCAGAAACACUCGAGAUCUCUUGGAUGCCAUGCAAAGAAUACACGAUACGUGCAAUAUUAGUCUCGAUCCCGAAGAGGACGUUCAAGAUCCCGAUCUAUUUUUGGGCUUGGCGACGUUCCUAGAUGUGGAUCUCGGUUCGACGGAACGGGGCCACGUAUUUGAAAAAACGAUACCAAGAAUGGUGGAAAGGGCCAAAGCUCUGAGGUCCACGAAGCCACCGCAGGGACUACGGUUCAGCCUUCAGCAACAGGGGGACUGUGUCGAGUACAGCUACGGGUUUGCCUCUUCCCUCGUCGCAAAUGCCUUCUUCUCGACUUAUCCGAAGCGAACGUCCAAGACUCACCCAACACUGCGAGACUUCAACUUCACUAAUUUCUUUAAAAAUCUCCAUUUGGCCGCCCAAAAGGCAAAGCUCAGGAGCAUCUUUCAAUAUUUCGAUUUCUUGGAAACGGAACAUGCGCUCGAAGGACGAUUGAUAGUUUCGAGACAGGUGAUGACGUCGAAACAAUGGCUUACCAUCGAAGACUGGUUAGAGAGUAGCGUUCCUCUGUGCCCAUUGACCAUUCGCCACGAAAGGCGAUUAGAGAGAGUCGAGGCGGAAACGAAGGUAUUGCACGUUUGUUUCGCGAGUGCAAAAUUCGGCGACGGGGUACUCGAAAAUGGCGUCACUCAAGAAACCGUACAUAUAGCUACCCAUCCGGAGCUCCUUGCUGCGAUUUUAUCCGUGGAGGCCUUAGAGGACAACGAAGUUUUAAUAGUGGAAGGUGCCAGACACGUCUCCAGGAUAAACGACCCUAAACACCGGGCAACAUAUGAGAGUAUACUCAAGCCGAGCGCGGUAACGACGUGCUGUAUAGACCCGGAAAAUUAUUCCAGCCUACCACUGUCGCAAUUCGAAGAAGACAAUAUUCUAAGAGAAAUGAACAAAUCCCUGUUAGGUUUCCGACAAAGGCGAAUUCCAAGCAGCCCUACGGACCCCGUCAAGUCCGAGUUGGACCUCGAAACUGGUCCUGGAGCCCGAAGACUAUCCCCGAUAGGAGAAAGCUUCAGCGGCACGCCACCGGAAGUAGACACCGAAGAAAGAGAUAAUGCAGUAAAUACCGUCGAUGUUCAAGCUGGAAAGGUUGACCCGCCAAAGGAAUUUCGUCCUAGACCAAACGGAAAGUCCAAACGAACGCCCAGUCCUGGAAGGGCGGGCAAAGCAACCAAUUACUCGAACAGAAGUCGAUUUAUCGUUCUGGGGUCGAGCGGAGAAAUAUUGCCGGUCACGAGAAGAUCCAUUGGCCAAAUGUCGGUAUACAGUAGUUGCAAUAGUCAAAGCACCGACAGUUAUCACAGUGCCAAAGAAAUGAUCGACGACGAACCAGAGGAAGAGGAGCAAAAAUUGAGCAGACGUUACAGUGCGCAGCUGGACACUCCGGAACGACGUGGAACGUUUGCACAGAGGCUAAAGGAUGCUCUGAAACGAGAGAAUACCGCGACCGAAACAUCAUCUACUAAUUCCUCUGGCGAAAGCAGUUAUGCAGUUGGUAUAAGCGUAGCUGGUAGUCACGUUGACGAUCAAAACAUUAAACUGAAAAGAGGAGGAUCGAGGGGUUUCGUUCUUAGGGACGAAACCGUUGACGAGGAGUUCUUGAAGGAGUCUUUAGAGGCCGAACAAAAAUGGUUGGGGCGAUUUCGACAAAACCAACCGGUCCAGUUUCACAGGAGGGAUACCCGUGCCAGCAGUAGAUAUAGUUUCAGCACAGAAAAUAGCUCGGAUUUCUCUUCGGAGCUGGAGGAAGUUUACGAGCAAUUAUCCAAGUGGCUGGACGAUCCCAUAGAUGCGGACGAAAAUCGCGAACUGGAUGCAAGGGAUAGGGCCGUAGUGCGCUUCGCGGGUUCCCUCUUAAAGAGAGCAUUAAGCGAAUCUUUCGCGGGGGUCCCCGUUCAAGAAGGUGAGCCGCAACCACUGAUCGACACGGACGAUGCUCACCAAAGGCACAAACUCGCCUUGGCCGUAAGGAGUCUAAGCUUGGAGCUCACUCGUCAUAAGAACAAACGACAACACUCGGUUUCUGAGCACGGUGCCACGAUUAACCGAGAUGUUUCAAGCAACGAUCCAGAGGUGGCUCGAGCGACCAAGAACGCGCAACGUAGAAAACUGUGGGUUAUUACGGUCACUUCGGAAGUAUUUCAAACACUGGCCGACGACGAGACCACGAUACGUCUGCCUCUACCGGUAGGCUCGGGGACUUCUGGCAGUGAAGGAAAAUCCAGGAAAUCGAAGGGAACAAAUCAUUUGGAAACAACGAAGAUUCCUCGAGAAAGCAGUUCUCAGUCAGGAGGUUUACUCCCAAUUGCGACAGGAAAUUGGGGUUGCGGAUCUCGAUUAAAAGGAGAUCCCCAAUUGAAAUUGGUCAUUCAGUGGUUGGCGGCUUCCCUCUCAGGGGCACCCAGACUGAUCUAUUACACUUGUGGUCAUCCCAACUUAUCAAAGCUGGACACGGUUAGCCGAGUUCUAAUGGACAGGCAUUGGUCGGUGGGCGACUUAGCAGCUGCCACCUUGAGAUUCGCUCUUCAAAGUAUCGAAGAGAAAAGUAUAAGUAGAAAUAGCCUUUUCGAGGAGCUCAUAGGUAUGGACAAACCGAGUCCUUAGCCCGAUGCCAUGCUGUCCGUAUUGGUGGACAUUCUGGCCACCAUGAUCGAGGACGGCCUAUCCGCUAAUCCUAAACGGGGCUUCGACAUCGGUUUAUGGCUCGGUACUAACGUUUAAAGGCGCAACGGACGUUAUUUGCAAACUUUCGAUUCGUUAUUUAAAAGUUGAUGACCAUCGAAAGGGGACCCUCUUUCAAAAGUUUCCAGACGAGGAACCAAGAGCUCCCGUUAACGUUCUCUCGGUUAGAUCGGUCUACCACCUUGAGGAUUUUCUUUCUCUUUUUUUUCAAUUAAGCAAGGGUUACGUUUCGACGCAUAACAUUUAUCGACCUAUCGAGAUCCGCUUUCGGGGUUUGCUAAGAAAAUGGAAAACAACUGAAUUCCUUUGCUUCCGGUGCAUCGCCAAAGGAAUUUAUGCCAAUUGUAAGAACGGGCAUUUCUAUCGCCGUCGGCACAUGACAGUAUUAAGCGAUCGUUAUCACCUAAACUGUCGCACAAUGCGUACCGUUAGAAUAUCCGAAAGUCAAUAAUAUAAGAUCUCAGUCAAGGGUUUUUAAAGACAGGCCGCAGUGGAAGUGGUAUUUUAUGUAUACCAUUUACGAGUGAGAACGCGUCUAGUGGAUGUUUCGUUAGUCGGGUGAUUCACGGUAACUAUGAUGACAUGCAAUAAUUUACGAGGCACAAUAUACCCACUAUAUUUUGUACAGAAAUAUUUAUGGCAUUAUAUAUGUACGUAUCGGCGAUAAAUGCACGAUCGAUUUAGUAGAAUUUUAGGUAAGAUUUUGAGCCGCUAGUGUUUUAUAACGAUACUUGUAUGCAGCUUUUUUUUUUUUUUUACAAUCGACGCCAUUCGUAGGCGAUCGCUUCUAUACAUGAAAUGAGCUUUGGUAGAGAGCGAUUCAAUGUCGCAAAUUAACGUUUCUAGGAUAUCGUAUAGUGGCCUGUAAGAAUACGCGAUUGGCCACUUUGACACGAGGUCUUCCAUUUGGCAAACAUCACGCAACAAAAGUUGAAUGGAUAAAAUCCAAGUUGAAACCUGUUGCACUAGGAAUGUUGUAAGCUCGGCGUAAAUCGAACAAAAUGUAGUAUAUCCACUGGUGGACACGAAUGCCUUCCCUUGUUACACCGGCGAUGCCACGUUAGCAGGGAAGGUACUCGAUCCGCCACUCUACAUACACAAUAAAUGAAACCAAUAAAUUCAUAUCUCACUAAA